AUGGCUGCUAAUUACUCCGUACUGCUGUUUCUUUACCGUUGGGCGCAAAGUUUUUUUUUUUUUUUUUUUUUUUUUUUUUUCCAGGUGGUACUGGCACAUGGCGGCGGCGAAGAGAAACAAUGUGUGUCCCGUAUAGAUACCUUCUAUUACGUAGUAGAUAUAAACAAACACAUUGUGUCUGAAUCCGUACUUACUCCGUACAGCUUGGGAAGGUGCUUGCUGACUACCUUCCCUCAAUGCUUCUGCCUCGGAGGGGAGAAGAUGGCAGAAUCCAAUGGAGAAGAGGGGAAAUAUCUGCUGCCUCAGGUAUGA